AAGUGACGUCACACCCACACGGCCUCUUUCCUCUCGAGCUUUGGUGCUGGACGGGCAUUAGGGAAAUCAACCAAGUUCCUUAACAGUAGCUCUCUUACGGAUUGUGUUCUUAUUUAUUUCUCUUUUUUUUCUGGAGUCAGACAUCAUGCCCAUGUACAAGGUAAAGCCCACGACCCAGAGUGACAUAAAGAUUGAUUUGCCAACGUGCAUGUACAAGUUACCGAAUGUCCACGCGCAGCAUGGAAGCAGCUGCGCAGAAUGUGCGCUACAGAAUGGGGAGGUGGAUCCUGCCAUUAAAGCACUGGAAGCUCGCCAGGACGAGAUUAUGCGGAAGCUUUAUGAGCUGAAAGCAGCAGUAGACGGCCUGGCGAAGACUGUCAAUACUCCAGAUGCUGACAUGGAUGUCACAACUCUAUCACAGGCCGCUACAGUGUCCGCCUUCACGGGCACAGCUGAUCUGGAUGCUCUUCUCGGCAAGGACAUCGGUGCUCUGAGAGACAUAGUGAUCAAUGCCAACCCUGCCCGUCCACCACUCUCCCUGCUGGUACUGCACGGGCUUCUGUGCCAGAGUUACCGUGUGCUCUCCAGUGUUCACGUGCACUCGUCUGUCUCCAGUGUACCUCCUCAGCUGCUCUCGUGCUUGGGUCCACGCCAUACCGAGAGCCACAACCGCGAAGGCUUCCAGCUUGGGUUUACACUCAUAUGGAAAGACGUGCCAAAUGUGCAGAUGAAGUUCAGCACACAGAGUAUGUGCCCCAUUGAGGGUGAGGCCAACGUGGCACGCUUCCUCUUUCGGCUGCUGGGCUCCGAGCCGAAGGACCCGAUUGUUGCCACACAGUCGGACAGCUGGGUAGAUACGGCCUUCUUCCAGCUGGCAGAGGGGGGCAGUAAGGAACGUGCGGCUGUUCUACGUUCGCUCAACAGCGCACUGGGCUGCUCGAUAUGGCUGCUGGGCCAUGAGCCUUCGUUGGCCGACAUCGCGUGCGCAUGCUGUGUCCUUCGAAGUGGCCAGGUCUCGUCCACUCCUGCCAACGUGGAGCGCUGGCUCCAGGCAUGCAGGAACCUCAAGCACUUCCACUGCAUUGGCCCUUUGCUUCAGUGAGAGAGUCUCCUAAACUGGGUUAAGAUAAAGACAAAAGCAAGACAUUUACACAAGGUUAAAGUAAAAUGAAUAAGAGGAAAUGUCAUAUUAUUCAACACAGAAUUUCAGAUAACCUAAAGGGUUCUUGGUGGUAGUGAUCAAGCUUAGGUCUGCCCAGUUAUUACCUUUACCUCUAACUCCCUUCAGGGCAAGUGAGCCUCAAAUGAAAGCCUGUCUAUCUACAGUUUUACGAAUAUUUAUGUAUUCGGAUCAUUAUAUAAAGUAAACUAAAUCCAGACCACGGUCAUAAUCGUGGUACUCUAAGAGCAAAUAAAACUGUGGCAUUUAAAAUAGUGGAUUGUGGGUAUGAAUGCUGACUCCUCCUAAACGGUGCCUAUCAUGAUACUUUACUGUGUGUAUUAGGUUAAUACUGAAUAUUACUUGUGUUCAGAUGUAAACAAGACUUACUGGAAGUGUACAAGACCCAUGACCGUUACUUUCUAAUGUCUUUUUCUUAAAGCAUAUUAAACUUUUCAUAUUGGGUCAAA